AUGCUUCACACUGUCGUCCCCACCCUCCUUGCUCUCGCAAGCCUCGCCUCGGCGCAUACCUUCACCCUGCACAACAACUGCAACUACAAUGUGCCCCUUUACGUCGACUCUUGGCCUGGCAGUGUCGCCUACACUGGUCCCCAGCCUACGCUCUCCCCUGGGCAGUGGCAGUCCAUCACCAUCCCCACAGGUUGGGACAGCCGGAUCUGCCAGAACGCCGAUGGGGGGAAGUGCUGGGGGGAGGACUCAAUGACCGAAUUCACUAUGGACUCUGAAGGACUGGCGUACUAUGAUAUCUCGAAUAUCGAGGCUUUCUUCAUCGCCCAGCAGAUCGCUCCGGCGGACAGCAGUUGCCAGACGGUGACGUGCACGAGCGCGAACUGCCCUUGCAGCCAGGCGUAUCCUGUUGGAGAUGAGUCGGGAUGUAGGGAUGAUGCGCCCGUGAAGGCUUGCUUUGGGCAGGACUUUACGAUCACGUACUGCCCUUAAGCGUUGCAGGACCGAAUAAGGUCAAGCAUCAAGAAUUAACAGCAAG